UUCAUCAUAUUACCAAGGCUUUAAAAAGAAACAAUACAAAAUACAGAGAAGCUUAAACCACAAGGCUAUAGCAGUAUCACACACCACUUGUUUCUUUUUAUUAAUAGAAAUCAAAGAAGCAUGCAACGUUCAUUGGCAAUGAGCUUGUUCCAACGCAGGUUUUUCAGCCAGCAAAGGCGAUCUCAGCUGUUGGCAAAGCGAGUGGUUACACCGUGUGAUGUGUUCCUGAACCACAGGAGCACGGACACAAAGCGAACUGUGGCCACUCUCCUCUAUGACUACUUGAGGAGGCAAGGAUUGAGCCCUUUCUUGGACGAGAAGAGCAUGAGGCCAGGGGACAAGCUGUUUGAUAAGAUUAAUGGCGCCAUUUUCGAGUCCCGGAUCGGGGUGGCGGUGUUCUCCCCUCGCUACUGUGAGUCCUACUUCUGCCUUCAUGAGCUGGCGCUUCUCAUGGAGUGCGGGAAGAAGGUGAUUCCCAUCUUCUGUGACGUGAAGCCUUCUCAGCUUCGCGUUCUUAAUAACCCGAAGUGGUCCGCGGAGGAGCUCCGGAGGUUCAAGGAGGCUCUUGAGGAGGCUAAGGACACCGUGGGGCUCACCUUCAAUUCUUCCAAAGGGAACUUGUCUGAAAUAGUUACUAAUGCUUCUGACAUUAUCAUUGGCAAUAUGAUAGAGCUUGAGAAUGAAGAGCUGAUGAAGAAACAAAACUUGCCAAUUCUUCUUUAGAACUGAUCAUUUACCCUAGUUCUAAUUAUUUCACCCUUUAAAAUGAAGGAAUCACUUAGAUGAAAAAUGAAGAGCUAUAGCUGUUGAUUUGAUAUCUAGAAGACUAUAACUCAUUAAUUUUUCUUCUAGAGUGACUCUUCACUUUAAAAGAUCAGAUAGCUAAAACUCAUAAAAAAAAUCUAACCAUACCUUCCUGUCCUUUGCUCUGUUAAUAAGGUCAUAAACACCAAAUACUUAUAAUUUGUUGAUUGAUUAUUGGUUCAUUAUUUUUUUCUUUUCAAUAAUGUUAUGACACAUACUAAAUUAUAACAUUUCUGUUUCUUUUGUAAA